AUGCCUGUAAGUCAAGAAACACUCAUUGCUCAAUCGACUUCUCGAUUGAGCGAAUUCGAUCAAAUUCAAUCACAGCUGGCAAAAGAAGUGAAAGAUAUUGAAAAAUGGUGGUCAUCAGAUCGUUGGAAUAACGUGAAAAGAAUUUAUACAGCAAUAGAUAUUGCUAAGAGACGUGGUAGUUUCCCAAAGACAAAUUAUCAAUCUUCAAUUAUGUCCAAAAAAUUAUUUGGAAUUCUAAAAAAUCAUCAUAAAAAUGGUACGGUCUCUAAAACUUUUGGAGCUCUAGAUCCUGUUCAAAUUUCUCAAAUGUCGAAAUAUUUAGAUACUAUUUAUGUUUCAGGUUGGCAAUGUUCUUCAACGGCUUCCACAUCAAACGAACCUGGUCCUGAUUUAGCCGAUUAUCCAAUGGAUACAGUACCAAAUAAAGUAGAACAUUUAUUUAAAGCUCAAUUAUUUCAUGAUAGGAAACAGUUCGAAGCAAGAGCAAAUGCUCAAUCAGAGAAAGAAUUAGAAGAAAUGGGACAGCCAAUUGAUUAUCUAACGCCAAUCGUCGCAGAUGCAGAUGCAGGUCAUGGUGGUUUGACUGCUGUUUUCAAAUUAACAAAAAUGUUUAUUGAAAGAGGUGCCGCAGGUAUUCAUAUUGAAGAUCAAACUUCAACAAAUAAAAAGUGUGGGCAUAUGGCAGGGAGAUGUGUGAUUCCUGUUCAAGAACAUAUCUCAAGAUUGACCACUAUCAGAAUGUGUUCAGAUAUCAUGAACUCUGAUCUAGUUUUAGUGGCAAGAACUGAUUCUGAAGCAGCCACUCUAAUUACUUCAACAAUUGACAAAAGAGACCAUUAUUUUGUUGUCGGGGCAACUAACCCAGAAGUUGAUGAACAAUCUUAUGUAGAUUACAUGGAUGAAGCAAUUUCUUCUGGUAAUUAUUCAAAUGAAGAGUUAGCACAAGUGGAAAAAAAAUGGAUUGAAAAAGCUGAUUUGAAGCUAUUCCAUGAAGCUUUUGCAGACGAAGUUAAUAGAAAUGAUACAAUCUCAAAUAAAAGCGAGCUAAUUGAGAAGUUUAACUCAGAAAUUGGUCCAUUGACUGGCCAUUCAAAUAAAGCAGCCAAACAAUUAGCCAAACAAUUAUUAGGUUAUGAUAUAUACUUCAAUUGGGAUAUUCCAAGAGUAAGAGAAGGACUUUACCGUUACAGAGGAGGUACUCAAUGUGCAGUAAUGAGGGCUAGAGCUUUUGCUCCAUAUGCAGACUUAGUAUGGAUGGAAUCAAACUAUCCAGAUUAUCAACAAGCAGUUGAAUUUUCAGAAGGUGUCAGGGCAGAAUUUCCUGAUCAAAUGAUGGCUUAUAAUUUAUCUCCAUCCUUUAACUGGCAAAAGGCAAUGUCAACUGAUGAACAAGAAACAUUCAUUGAUAGACUAGGUAAACAAGGUUACUGUUGGCAGUUCAUCACUUUGGCCGGUUUACAUACCUCGGCUCUAACAACUUUUGAAUUCACCAAAGCAUUCCAUGAGACAGGUAUGAAAGCUUAUGCUAACGCUGUUCAACAAAGAGAAAUGGAUUUGGGAGUGGAUGUUUUAAAACACCAAAAAUGGUCUGGUGCAGAGUACAUCGAUGGAUUAUUGAAAUUGGCACAAGGCGGUAUUACCGCAACAGCGUCAAUGGGCAAAGGUGUCACUGAAGAGCAAUUCAAAAAAGACUUAGAAAUAUAUAAUCUGUCUGCGAUGCUUAUGUACAUAAUUUUCUACACAUUAUAUCAAAGCUCUAUAAUGUUUCUAAAUAAUUUUUGUUUUAUUUCUUUAUUUUUUAUUCUAAAAUUAAUAAAUUGUUUUUACCUAUUUUAUUAA